AUGCUCCGUGAUUUCUCUGGCACAGACCUGCACCCUCUGGAUCUUCUCGCGGAGGUGGUUCCUGCUGGUGGCCUGAGGAAUGGGAUUAGGAUGCUCCAAGUACAGGGGGUGCGUGGAUUCCAGCUCUUGGCUUCCCACUCCCAGUCCCUCUGCUUCCCAGCUUCUCGGAUUUUUCUCCACUGUGACCGCUUUCCGGAGGAAUUCUCUGUCAUCGUCACCCUGAGAGUCCUCAGUGUCCCAGGAAAGAAAAACGAAUACAUCUUCACCGUGAUGGGAGAGGAGAGCAGCCCCGUGCUGGUAGGACUUAGGUACUCACUGAACAAACUCCACUUCCUUUUCUGGAGCAGGGAGCUAUCCAACGGCUGGCAGACGCGGGUCACCUUCCGAGACAUCUCCUUGGUGGACAAUCAGUGGCACACUCUUGUCUUGGCCGUAUCUGGACAUUCCUUCUCCCUCACUGUGGACUGCAGUAUCCCUGUUGACAUGGUGGUGGACACACCGUUCCCUGCAUCCUUGACCAUGAAGGGAGCCAGCUUUUAUGUUGGGAGCAGGAGGAGAAGGAAAGGGUUCUUUACGGGCUUGUUAAGACAGCUGGUCCUGUUGCCAGGAUCUGAUGCUACCUCAAGGAUAUGCACUAACAUGAACCUUAAGCUAGCGGUGCUCUCCAUCCCCCCAGUACUACAGGACCUCCCAGUGAAGCCAGGAAGCAAUGAGGUGCUGAAAUACCCAUACGAAGCCAAGAUGCAGGUGACUUUUGGGUCCCGCCCGCCCUGCACCAAGACUGAGAAAGCGCAGUUCUGGUUUAACGUCUCUCAGAAGGGGCUGAAUCUCUGUAACGGGAGUGCAUGGCUUUCUGUGCUAGAAGCUAAAGAGAGGCUGGACUACGUGGAAGAAUAUCAGAACCUGGUCACCAAUUCUGAAACCCUGGGCAUUGAGAUCUUUGCCAUUCCGGAGGUGGGACUCUUUGCGGCAACAGCCAACCGACAGACUCCACCUGGGUCCGCUAUCUACAAGUGGAUGGAUGGGAAGUUUGUGUCUUAUCAGAAUAUUCCAACCUACCAAGCUCAAUCCUGGAAAUAUUUCACAAUAGGAAAAAAGAUCUUCCUAGCAGUGGCUAAUUUUGAGCAGAAUGAAAGGGGUCAGGAGUUCUCUGUAAUAUACAAGUGGAGCUACAGAACAGAGAAAUUCAUCUCGUACCAGAGGAUCUCCACGCACAACGCUAGGGACUGGGAGGCCUUUGUCAUUGAGGGAGAGGCCUUCCUCGCAGUUGCCAACCACAGAGAAGGAGAUAAUCACAACAUCAACAGCGUCAUAUACAGGUGGAAUCCCAGGACUGGACUUUUUGAGACCAACCAGACCAUUUCUACCUCUGGAGCCUAUGACUGGGAGUUUUUCACCAUCGGACCUUAUUCUUUCCUGGCUGUAGCCAAUACAUUCAAUGGCACAUCCACGAGGAUCUACUCCCACAUUUAUGUCUGGCUCAGUGGCUCUUUUCAGCUCUUUCAGUCAAUUCUGACUUUUGGUGCUGCCGAUUGGGAAGUCUUUCACAUUGGGGACAGAGUCUUCCUCGUGGUGGCUAACAGUCACAGUUAUGACAGUGGAACGCUCAUGCCAAGCAACUUGUAUGCCAUCAAUUCCUCCAUCUAUGAGCUGAACAUCACAGCGCAGAUGUUCAUCAAGUUUCAGGACCUUCUCACUUACAGUGCUCUGGACUGGGAGUUUUUUUCAGUGGGAGAAGAUUCUUUUCUAGUGGUGGCAAACUCGUUUGAUGGUUUCACCUUCUCAGUCAACAGUAUUAUAUACAGGUGGCAGGGAUAUGAAGGCUUUGUGGCAGUGCACCAUCUCCCAACCUUUGGCUGUAGAGACUGGGAAGCUUUUAACACAACCGGAGGCUCUUACCUCAUCUACUCAAGCGCCAAAGAGCCACUUUCCAAGGUGCUGAAGCUGAAAACUGUCUGACAUGGAAACAGUCUUCGGUCUGCAAGGCAAAGGGCAAAGCCAGGCAAGGAAGUGACUUGUCCAAACAGGCCCAGGGCAGGGCUACUGCUCCACAGGAAAUACACAAGCUCAGUAGCACCGGGGAAGUCUGAAGCCACCACAGUGAACACAAGAAGGACUCAGAGCCAGAUGUCUGAGCUGUGCUCCCUGUAGGACCUGGAAAGAUAGGGGAAAAUGUGAGUCUAAGGCACUUUCCUCUUCCCUCAUCAGGAGAUGAAGGGGGUACAAUGAAGACUGCUCUAAAGUGUGCUGGUGAGUACGGUCACCUAGGAGCUGCUGCACUAGCCAAGGUGCAGCAGAACAUAUCACACUACACCUACAACCCAUCGACCCCUACCAUGCCCCUCAAGGCUGGAGGCACCAGGUGUCAUAGUGCCUUCCCUGUAUCAUAGCAGUGCCUAACUGCCAGCUCUCCAUCCCACGUGGGUUCACCUGCUGGAUGGUAUCUGUGGAGAUGUCAAAGUCACUGGUGCACAAAGGUAACGACAAAGGAACACAA